AUGCCGAAGAAGGCCCGACGAGCCCGCGAGGAACGUGGGGCCCGCUUCUCAAUCAGGAAAUGCGGGCACGCACGCCUUCCGCAACGAACACAUUCCACUGACAGAUGGACCCACGCCUUGCGGACCCAUCACGUCCCUCCGGAGGCCGACGAAACCCCAUUCUCUCUGUUGCGAGCCACCCCGUCGUCUGCUGCUGAAAACUGCUUUCAUGCUCCUUGUGCACUGCACUCUGCACACCCCCACCACGCGAGCAAAACCCUCUUUCUCCGCCCCUCACCGCGGCGAACUUGCGAUCGAGGGAGGAAUCCACCAAUGGGUCACGUGGAGAGGCAGCCACCGAACCCUAGUAGGCUCGCCCCCACCUCCCACCCGGCGCCGCCUCCGACGACGCCGGCUGCUCGCCGCCCCGCUUUUCAUUUGCGUUGCUCUACUCAGGGUCAGGGCACAUUUUGUGCAACAUGUGUUUUCGGUUCAGGAAAUAAUGCCCGCUGUCAGUGCAGGCAAGACUCAAGAUCCAGACAUAACCAAAUGCAGCACGGUAAUGAGGCAACAUCCACAACCAAGGGAAUUGUAGAACCAAACUCUCAAGAUAAGCUCAAGAUGGCUAGAUUUUCUGGUGGUACAUAUUCAAAACCUGAUGCAAGAAUGAAGCUGAUUCCUGCAGAAGACAUUACCUAUUUACAGCAUCGGAAACUAUAUGGUAGAACUGUUGGGUCAGCUGGGUCACAGAAAAGACAUUGCAGACGAAGUGUCACACCACCUCCAAGUUCACGUAGAGUAUCUCUUCUGGGAUCCAGAUCUCUCGCUCAAAAUCCUAUGCCAUCAGAGUCAUCCUAUAACUCAUGUUUACCCUGUAAGAGGCUUGAGACAGCUAAAAAUAGGGACCCAUCUGCCGGUGGGCACAUAAGUAGCUCUGUCACUCCCUGCAUUUCUUCUUUAAAGAACCUUGCAUCACCAAGUUACAAAUCCUCACAACCGAGUACUAAUUUGAAUACCGAUGCUACUCCUAGAAAUCUAGACAGAAUGGUUGGUACACAAGCACUUGCCAGGUGCUCCAGUUUGAGUAUUUUGCAUUCUCAAGGCCAGAACAGUGAAAAAAUGUCUGGUAGUUUGCCAAAAGAGGUAGUGACAAAUCCUAUGUUUCCUAGUCCCAAGCAAACUGGUGCUCCACAUCCAAGUGACAAUCCUCUUGUUACAAAGGCAGGACCUUCUAAGAGUGUGUGCACACCUGAGAGUGGAAAGUUGUGCAGUAGAGACAUCAAUUUAACUACAAGUACUACAGUUCCUGUCUUGCAAGCUCCUAUUGUGGAGCCUACAUUGCUAAGCCCAACAUCUGUGCUUAGUGAAAGAUCUGUUGAGGUUUAUCCUGAUACAAGAACUGCUGCUCCCAUAACACAGGAACCUAGUGUGAAGCCUGUGUUGCUAACUCCAAUACCUGUGCACCAUGAAUCUUCCACAGAGUGCCAAAAGGUUCCUUCAAAACACAGUCGUGAGUCCAUUGCUUCUCUGCAACAUGGUGCAUCGUCAAAAAGAAACUCAGGGGCAUCAAUUAGCCAUGGCAGAUCUUCAGAAUCUCAUCAUAACAUGUAUAUUCUGGAAACAGGUGCACCAUUAAUCUUACAUACGAAGCUGCAGAAGAAACAUUAUCAAUCAGAAGCCUGCUGGAAGGGCAAAUUUCAUGUUACUGGAGGACUGAUACAUACUUGUGAUGGAAUUGAAGCCCAUUUCCCUUUAGAAAUUUCUGUCGGAGUUUAUGAAGCUUCAAACCAAAUGCCUGAAAUUUUAAAUCUAGAGGCAGUACCUCUUUCCCAGCUGUGGCCAAAAAAAUUCAAGAUGGUACCCCCCGACAGUAAGGAUAUUGGACUAUGGUUUGUAAGCAGUCACGAAAGACCGCACUGGAGUUUCGAUCAGCUUCUUGAAAAAGUUUGUUCACAUGGCCUUGGCCUGUUCACCAAAAUUGGUGAUACUGAAUUGGCAGUGUUUUCGUCGAAGUUGCUUACACCACAAGAUCAGAGAAAAAAUGGCAAAUUAUAUUUUUGGGGUGUUUUUGGGAAGUGUAUCAGGAAGAAGACAUGCCAGCCAAACAGUCAUAUAAAAAAUGUGGAGAUCAGCAAUCCCAGUCAACCAAAUGACUCAUGUAAUAAAUAUGAGGAGAUAGGCAUGAAAUUGGAUGUGACAAAAGGCAAAGAAAAAGAGAGUGCUGAAUCUGAUAUUGGCAUGACAUUGGGUGCAAAUGGAGGCAAUCCAACAGAUGUCACAGGAAAUAGAGAGACAGUUAGGGACAAUUAUGAGGGUGGUGCCAAGGUAUUGGAUUUAACAGGAGGCGAGGAUUCUGAUAGGGUCAAUGACUGCAUGGCAGUGCUAGGAACUCCUGAUUCAAACCCUGCAUCCAGUUGCUCAGUUCCUGCUACUUCUUACGGAUGUUGCCGUCAUGACUCUGCAAAAAAUAGCACUUCUAUCUUAGAAGAUUCUGCAUGUCAGCCUGCUGACAGAUCUUUGGUUAGCCCUGACCUCAUUCUGGACAUACCUCCUGAAUUUUCUCCUGUACCUCCUGGCUUCACAAAAGCUCACUGUCAGCUUCAGAUCAGUACUGCUGCUCUGACUUAUGCUGAUGUUCCUCCAGGAUUUCCUACAGAUAUUCCUCCAGGCUUUACUGAAGCUCAUCGUGGACUCCCUCCUGCAAUUUCACCUGCUGGACCAGCUUGUGUUUCGACCCCUGGGACUCAAAAGAAGCCCUUCGUUAGGUUCUCUCUUAAUGCCCCAAGGCCUGUUAAAAUGGGAGUUCCACUUGGAUUUACUCCACUACAUGCAGUGAAGAAAGAGCCUGGGCUGCCUGCUGUCGACGAGUCCACAGAUAAGCCCACACUAUAUUCUUUGGCAGCUGCUGCAUCUGCAGUGGUAAAGUCUGGGAAAGGAGAUGAAAUGAAAAUCGCAGACAAUGAGGUGAAAAUUGAACAAGAUGAAAAUUCAGAGGAGCGAGAGUUUCCAAAGAUCAGGCGGCUUUCAGACCUGUACAGUGGGCCUUCAGACAGCACUGAAAUUUCCAGGCCUAUGUCUGCACAUUUGCCCGACAAGUUUCAGGAGCAGACACCCGAGAAACAGAUGCAUCAGAGAAAGAGAGAGUGUCAAGGGCCUUCUCCUGCAGAAACCGCCAUCAAAAAGUCGAAUGUGAAUGGUCGAAUUGCCUUGAACAAAGGCGCAGGUCAUGGGAAUGGUGAGGCGAGAUGCGUCUGCGCAUCCAUCGGAGGUCGGGCGGCGAUGCCUACGAAAGGGCCGUUGGCAGCAUCGCCAGGUGGUCAUCUCGAUAACUAG